AUGAAGAAGGUAGUUAGAAUACCAGGUAAAGCCAUUAGAGCAUUAUCGAAAACACACCCACUAUAUCAAAACGAUAAAGCAAUAUUGUCGGAGGAAGCAGCAGAAAUAAUAGCAAACACAGUGGAAAUGAGACUGAAACAAGUGUUAGAAACAGCAAAGCUACUGAUGGAUAAAUCGGAAAGAGCAAUUAACACAAGAGUGUUAACGCCAGAGGACGUGAGGAAUGCACUGAAGGCGUUAAACAUACCGGACCUUGAUGGAUAUAGUAGCAGCUACGACUACAGAUACGUCUGGGCCACAAAGCUGUUCAAGGGGGACAGAGUGGUGAAGAGGGAGUCGACGCACAGAAACCUGGGAGAUAAGAGUUGGGGACGCUACAGGCUAUCGCAGCUGGUAAAGCAGGAACUGCAGAAACCAAUACCAGCACCAGCAGGACUUACAGUAUCAUGGGCAGUGGUGGACGCAAAGGUGCCGCUUAUGGCAAAGGGGCUCGUGGAUGAAACAACAAAGGAGUACGAAAAGUGGCUAGCAGACACUAAAAUUAAAAAGAAACUGGGAGAAAUCAGCUUCGUAGACUACUCAGAAACGGAGGAAAAGUUGGAUAACCUCACGACGCUGGUGAAGAGCAUUAGAGCUCCAGAGUCGGGUCUGACAGACACCUUUAGCAACGAGUACCUGGACAAGGCACUUAUCGACGCAAUAAAUAAACAAAUAGUUCAGGACAGUGCACUGGUGAAGAAUCAGAAGUUCGUGAUACCGAAGGUGGAAUAUUUACUGACAAAGGAACACAAGUUCUUCUUGAAGGAGAUAAGAAAUAUGCUAAAAAGAGCUUCGUACUCACUGGAGCCGGAUAUACAAAUGCAAUACAAAAAGGUCACGGAAUUACUGAGGGUGUCACUGGGAUUGGACCAGCUGUUGCCAGAACUGUGUUACCUGUUCACGACAGAGAUGAACAGAUUCAAGUCGAGUCAGUCGUCGUUCAACGUUAAUAUUUUGCUGCAAUACGUCGAGGCGCUGACGAGCAACCCGAACAUACAAAUACACCACUACGUGCAUCAGCUGCUAGUGCCGCUGCUGGAAAUACUGCUGUCCUCAGACAACGAAAUGGAUCCGACCGAAAUAUAUAGGUCCCUACUACUGCGUAAAUUAUCAGCGCAGUGUAUAUACAACAUAAGCUACAACCUGAAGCGGAACAACAACGGCUUGGAAAGCAUAGAUUCAUACCUGAUGAACCUGUACAAAAGAGAGAUAACCAACGAGGGUUGCACGCUUUCAGUGCUCUUUGGGGCGCUCUGCGGCAUCGCCAAGUUGCCUGCAGUGGCCAAGAGAGUGAUAUUCUACCCUAUCGUGCCCCUGCUCCUGAGCGUGGUGCUCAACAAACAGAACAGCCUCAACGUGUACACGAAGAACAAGCAGAAGCAGAAGAUACAGCUGUUUAAGCAGACGCUGCUCCACGAAAUAUUGCACCUAAUACUUGAAAUAAUAUAUGAUUCAUCGUUUGAGGAUGUAAUGUCCACUUUGGAGGAUACUGGCUCACUAUUCACAGUGUCAUACGAAGCCAGUCUACUCGUUAACGACGUGCUCAUGGGAUCCGUUAACUCGAGCGUAAACCCAGAGUUACUGCUGCAAAUAUACAUAGCGAUCUUGAACAAGUGCCACACGCUGCUGAUAUCGCUCAACGGAAACACGCUCAGGCUGAAGAGGAAGUUUGAUGAGAUCAGCAACUGGAAGAUCGUCGGACUCGACUUUGAAGACGAACAGAGCGAAUUUAACGACGGAGGGUUGUUGCCCGAGGUGUAUAACAUCAGGAACUACAAGAGGCUGUACAGCAAGGCGAACGAUCCCAGCAACACCGACAAGACGGUGUCAGUGCAAAACUACGACAAUGCCAAAAGUUGGUACAACUUUAACAGCAUCCACUCGUUAACACUGACGAUUUAA